AUGCCUCUCACCGUCCUCACGGAGGCAGACAUUCGGACACUCCUCCUUUCGCUGGCGAAAGAAGAUGCUGCAACAUUACAGCGAAACCUUGCGGAAGCCUUGCAUUCAUACUCGACAGGCGACACAAACUCGCCUUGUUCAGCAUCGUCUCAACCCCAUAGGACCAUUAUUAAGAAGAAUGGAAUGACGACACUCUUCAUGCCAGCCUCUACCGGAACAGCCGUUGGCAUGAAGAUUGUUUCUCUUGAACAGCAACACGACACUAGCCAUGGAAAAAAGUCGUCGAUGUCGUCGUUAGCAUCUCAAAGCACCACCGGGUCGGCAGCUGUGAAGUCCCCAACGGGCGAAUUUGCGACUCUAUCCUUGACGCCUGCGUCAACAAUGUCAUCUGGAAGCAGAGAUUCCAUCGACGGAGCUUCGUUCCGACCGCCGGCUUCGAUUUCAAGUGCGCAAAGCUCUACCCCCAGAGGAUCAGUGACCGUCCUCGAUCCGCGGGGGAACCCAGUGGGUAUCGUUAAUGCCGAAGAGCUUACUGCUUUCAGGACGGCCCUCGCCUCGACCAUGCUGUUUCAGAAGCGACAAAAUGUGCACACAAUGACGGUUUUUGGGGCAGGUAAGCAGGCUUACUGGCACAUUAGAUUAGCUUUGCUAUUCAAAGGCGACGAGGUUCGACAUGUCAACAUCAUCAAUCGGUCGUUUGAACGCUCGAUCAAGUUGAUGAAGACACUUCAGAUGGAACAAAACAGUCAUGGUUUCUGGCGGAAAGAUAUCAAAUAUUCUUGCAUGAGUCCGGAGUUUGGCGAAUACGGUCGCCUGUUGAAAGAAGAGGUUCGAAAAGCAGAUGUGAUCUUCUGUUGCACGCCAUCAUUGGAUCCUCUUUUCCCAGCCGAGUUUCUCACUUCCCGCGAAGGACAGAAAAAGGGGCGGUAUAUCUCCUGCAUAGGGAGUUAUGCGCCGCACAUGGUCGAGCUACAUCCAGAUGUCUUCAGGCUCGCUGUGCAGCCUGACCAUGGACACCAUCACCACAAGCAUGCUCGACAAGGAGGCGUCAUUGUAGUUGACAACCUAGAAUCGUGCUUGAAGGAUAGCGGCGAGAUUAUCAAAGCAAAAUUGGGACCCGAGCAUUUGGUCGAGAUUGGAGAGUUGAUGAUGAUCAAAAAAUCAGCAGACAGAGAGAUCGAGCUCGGCGGAAGCGGUGAACCUGGACUACUUGAAUGGUUGACAAGAGGAAAUGUCAUCUACAAGAGCGUCGGCAUGGGUUUGAUGGAUUUGAUUAUUGCAGAAGACAUGAUUCGACUCGCCCGAGAGCGAGAUGUUGGUGUCACAAUCGAGGACUUCUAA